AUGGGCAAGUCAUUGGCUCAUUUUCAACUUGAACAUCUACAAGAAGAAAUGCCAGUAGAACUACAGAGAACAAAGGAUAUUAUUGAUGCUUUGGAUGCACCUAUUCCUCAAGAAUCAAUUGAUUGUAGAGAUAAACUCAAUUCAGCUCAGCAAAUUGCCUUUGACAAAAUUAUUUCUCACGUUCAAGCAGAAAAGCCUGGUUGUUUCUUUGUUGAUGGCCCUGGAGGGACUGGAAAGACCUUUCUGUAUAAUGCACUAUAUGUAGAAGUGCGCUUGGCAGGGAAGAUUGUUCUUCCAGCGGCAACAUCAGGAAUAGCUGCAGCAAAUAUACCUUCUGGCAGGACAACCCAUUCACGGUUUAAAAUUCCACUUGAUUCAGAAACAUCGCUCGCUUGUGAUGUUCCUAAACAAGGCAGCUUGGCUGCUUUGAUUAAAGAAACAACAUUGAUUAUCUGGGAUGAAGCUUCAAUGGCAAGGAAGGAGAACAUUGAGUCUGUUGAGCUCCUACUCCGUGAUCUCUGUGAUCCAGAUCAGCCAUUUGGAGGAAAAGUUAUAGUCUUCGGUGGAGAUUUCAGGCAGGUUUUACCAGUUGUUCCUCACAAGACUCAAAGAGAAGUUGGUGCAACAAGCCUGGUUAAUUCACAUAUUUGGCCUUGGUUACAAAAGUUACAUCUGACUGAAAACAUUAGAGCUAAAGAAGAUCCCCCAUAUGCAUCAUUUUUGCUGAGUUUGGGAAAUGGUCAGCUUCAGGUAACUAAGAAUGCUUUUGUGGAAGUUCCUCCUCACAUUGUGAAUUAUUAUCAACAAGCCGAGGAACCUAUUGAUUAUCUAGCUGCUGCUGCUUUCCCUGAAUUGCAACAUCCUGCCUUUACACCGGAUAUAUUCAGAGAAAAGGCAAUCCUAACCCCAUUAAAUGAUGCAGUUGACUCAAUCAACAACUUUCUGAUUGACAAGUUCCCAGGAGAAGCAGUUCUUUAUAGAAGUUUUGACAGUAUCCUAGAUAUAGUUGUGCAAUCUACCCAACAGAAUUCUUGA